UCAAGUAGCUAUAAGCAAGUUUGCUUGGAGCGCACACUUGGUGAGGAAGACAGCGACGACAGGCAGUUUUAUGCAAAGGACGGCAAAACAAAGCGAGUUGCAGUAGAAGCGUACGGCACUCAGCUUUGCUGCAAGGGGCCGAACGGAAACAGCGUACGCAGAAAUUUGAGUGAAUCACAUUGAACACAGUAAUUACUUGCUACUAGUCUUGCCUAAUCCCUUCCCGCCUUUCUUCGCUCCUGCAGAACAGACUAAACUUAUUUUACUCAACAACACUGGUAACUGCAUUAUCGAAAUUUUUAGCAGAAAGAGUUGACAUUGUUAUUAAGAACAAAGUAAAGGUGACUAAUCUCCUUAUUCACUAACUGCUAAUUAAUGAACGACUAUUACAUUAUUAAGGUGUGCAAAAGUGUUGGUGCCAGAGGGUGAACGACUAAUAAAGAAGAAUCUCAGUGAAGACGAAACAGUUUCUGUGCGAUUCUGACAAAGUAUUAUCGGACCGUAUUGUGUUGUCUGGUGAAACUGAAAGCUGAAGACGGCAAAGGCUGGCAGUCGGCUUCGCUUAAAAGCGGGAAAAAUCUCGUCUACUCGUGUGAGCGAGCUGCGUGUCAGCUCGCGAUUGUUCCUGCUACGUCGUGGCAUGGAGAGGCCCCUGUUAUCCUUCGAAGGACUCAUCUUCCUGCUAUUGUUACUACUCUAUCAAAUUAAGCCCAUUCACUCAGAUCCGGCGGCAUCGGAAAGUGGUGGAAGCGGAAAUUCUAUGGUGGCUCAGCUGUUGGCUGGAAAAAGCGGGAUUGAGGAAUCGGCAUUACGAGAGUUCGAUGAAGAAGCAUAUGACGUUUGCCGACGGUAUAUUGCACUGCACGAUACCGAACGACGCACUGGAGUGCAUCUCCCACUACAAGGUGGGAACUUUCGGGAAUCGGUUGGCGGUGGGUCUUUAAACACUGCAAGAGAUGGUAUUGUAGGAGACGAGGAAGACGGUGAAGCGACUUCGACAGGAAUUGCCCUUUCGAGGGAGAUCAGGCGGCCGCCAUCACGAGCCCGCGUUUAUGCCUACAGAGGGCAAGGCGAAGAGGGCGACUACGGAGUAUCGACAGAGUACACAAAAGUGGUCUCUUCGAAAAAGCGCAGCUGUAUCAGACGUGGCGGAUCUUGCGACGCUCGUCCGGGCGACUGCUGCUAUCAUUCGUCAUGUCGCUGCAAUCUUUGGGGCACCAACUGCCGAUGCAUGCGUAUGGGCCUACUGCAGAGAUGGAUCAAUGGUCGGCGUCGCUGAAUGCCAGAUAUGCAGAGAACGCGGUUACGACCAGCUGCUGACACCCGCUACCCCAGUGAUUACAGCUCUUACUACUACUACUAUUAUGAUAACACUACGCACUAUGCUGAUGCCGCUGCUCGAGAUUAAAUCGAAUAUAUGAUACGAUAACAAUGACAUUGCAGAUCCGCAUGUCAUAUAAUCGUACCAAGGUGACUUGUAUCAAACGAUUACCUAAUUCGUUACUAUUGUAAUAAGCGAAGUGACGCAGCGAAUCGGAUAUAUGAGCGACGGUGGCAUUCUUGCAAUUACCGCAAACCCCCCACCCCACUCCCGCCUCUACCUGACGCCUACGCUACGAAAGUGAAAAAUUCAGAGCCCCAAUAAAUACGUACUGCAUCAUCAUUCGAAAUGUUGUCAGACUAGACUUUAUCUAAAAGCACUAAUGAAACUAUAACAAGCAAAAUAUUUAUAGGUAUGACACGUUUGCAUUUAUAGACGGAACGCUGGUUAGCGCUUCAUAUGAUCCGACGAUCCUUAACGAAACAUCUUGAAAUUCUAGGUCUAGGAAGAAAGGUCACGUUCCUUAGUACAGCUUGUGUUCUCGUUCGCGCGUGCGACGACCUUACUAGCACAUCGAAUGCAAUGUGCUUCAAGCCACUCCAGAAGAAGAGAAGAACCUAGACAAAGACCAGUAGAAUCCUCAUUAUAGCUUCGUCGUCUUAGAUGACCCAAUAGCUUAGGUCCUGAUCUCUUCGAAAUCAAGUUGUUUCUCUCGAAGCUCGGUGCUUUCUUCUUAAAGCAAACAUGCUUUUACGGUUGUACGUAAUCUGUCCGCCCGAAUCAGUUAAAUGCAAUUCAAAGAGCUCGCUUAAAUAGAAGAGAGAAAAAUUUCUUAUCACCUAUCGGCUAAAUGCACAUUAUAAUGCCAUCCAACGGGUGGCGAUAUAGCGAAGAAAAAAUACAGGGACAUUUGCGCAACAAUCCUCACUACCCGUACGUGUUUUCCGUCGGUUGAAGACAUAAAAAACGGAAAUUUAUCAUAUGUCUUUCUUAAGCACGUUCUCUAAUUGACAUAUUAGGUCGACGCAACUCGUGUUGCGUAUAUUUUGGUCACUUGGGAACCUGAGCGGGUCCCUCGCUGACAGACUUCUCAGAAUGACUUCGCUUAAUGACCGCUUCUGUCUCCUUUGCCUAGCUUCUUCGCUUCAAUUCUUUUCAACAGCUACGGCUUCGACGCUUCAUUGGAUUCGCCAUGUCCCUCUGGUCUACCUCAUUCUUGAUUACCCAAGUGGCGAACACUCGUUUAGCCAGAAGCAGCUUGUCAUGACAUGGCAACAUUUGCUGCUACUGAACCUCGUGGUAGGUAUAACUAUGACUGAAUUUUUACGAAUAUUAGUAGUGAUUAAGGAUCAUUGCUGUUGCCAUAUAACAGUACUAACAAUAGCUAAUAUGACUAUUAGUAUUUUGCCGACCUAGCGUCGCCAAGCGUCGGCGAUUCAUGGAACAGUCCGAGGAACCUCUCGCACGCAAAAGUACUCUAGUAAAUAUCUCAUUGAUAGAGAGUAAAAACGAGUAGCAAUCUAACACAGUCUGAUCAAUGUAGCCUGAUUAUUAUUGUUCAGAUUCGUGGGUUUCGGAUACGUAGCUCUGAUACGCGAAGGCCCCGUUGCUCUCGCCGUUCCAAUGUUGAAGUGCUAGUCGUGAUCAAUUGAACAAUAAACAAAUGAAUAAUUAAAUCGAAUAAAUAUUGAAUACAUCAAGUAUGUCAGCUGUCUAUGUCAAUGUGAUUAGUUCUUUUUCCUCAGAAAUACUUAUAUAUAUAUGCAGAAGAAAAUAUAUAUAUAUAAGCAAGUACGCCCUGACUAGUAGAUACAGAACUGCGUGUCGGUGAUAUACAGGUGUCAUAGCACAGGGUAAUAUCCUUUAUCUAUCCCGUAACAGGAUCGCUUUGGUUUAUACUUAACUGUAGUGA